AUGGACGUCGAUGGCCUUGCAGAUCAUGGCGCAGAUGGCGCCGCAGACGUCGAUGGCGCCAUGGGCGUCGAUGGCGCAGAUCGUGGCUCGCCGUUGCUCUUCCAGCUCGUCCCGUGGUCGCCGAUUGACCGACGCAGGCUCUGGUACCCGACGGUGAGGGAGGCAUCGUCGAUGGAGGGGCCUCUAAGAGGCUUCGCGAUCGCCCCGCUUCGCCGCUCGUUCGACGUGAUCUCACUACGACCUCGCGACGACGGCCCACGAUACCACUGUGAGGCCACGGCGACAGUAGCCGACAACGUCUUGGACAUUGAGCGCCCCCCGAAGAUUGUUUCAAGGGCUGCUGGCUCCAUGAUCGUGGGUGGCGACAGGAGGCGUCAUGGCGAGACCGUCGAGAUGAUUGCAAGCUGUCUCGUGCAUUGCGACCGCUGUGCGCUCCAACUGCUCAACGAAAGCAUCCGUAGAGAUGCCGCGUCGUUGCUGCUUUUCGUGGAGUUCUCAAGGUACGACGCUACGGAGCUCAACGUUGGACUGAAACGAUAUGAUGCGGACUCGGCUGUGCCACUCCUGGACGCUACAUCUAACACGGAGGCUCUCAUGGACAUAGCGCCCGACCUCGCCCUUAGCAAAGAGUUGGAGUCUGCGACACUCGCCAAGGAUGGCCAGACUCCGAAUCGAGCACACCUGUUUGGUUCAGAACAUGGUUGGGCCGCUCUGAUCAGUAUUAAGGAUGGCGAGCGCAGACGGCUCGUCAAUUUCUUCGGCCCCACGCUGACAUGGACCCAGGUUGUAGACCGCGGCACGGCUAAGUGUGCAAAGCAGGCGCUCAUCGAGACGUGCGGCACGUUCAUUGACGCGGACCAUUACGACACACGGCUACGAAUUGCAACCACAGAUGCCGCAUCAGCGAACUAUAUGACCGAGAGGGGCAUGAUGGCGGACCGCGAGAAUGGAUGGGUCAACAUGCACAUGCCGUGUAAUGUUCACAAGGUUGCGACAGGCCACACCAAAACAUACGACUUGGUAAAAGAUGACAUCACUGGAGCCAUACAACUAUCACUGUCAGUAUCAUCAGCAUCGGCCAUGAGCUCCUUCAGGCGCGCAUUCACCACCGUGGCUCGCAAACGAUUGGUGGUGGAGCGAGGGAGGCCAACUGCGUUGGACGAGGAGUAUCGGGAGACCAUGCUGAACCUCUUCCUGACCAAGGGGCAGAAGCACGGUGAGAAGGCGCACAUGGCCAAAACUAUUCUGAACGGCCCGUGGCAGAACCACUCCAAAUUCGUUGUGUACAUCGAUGGUGAAGGUCCAAUCCCAGCCAAGGUUCGAAGACAGGUGGAGAAGAAUGUUGUACGUUGUCUGAACUUUGUUUGCUUGGGGAAGUCAUUCAGCACCUACCCUCGUCAUCGCUGGACGGGCGCGGACGUUUCCAUUAAUGAGAUUGGUUUGGCUGCUUGCAUAUACGGGCUUCUUUUUCCAGCCUGCCAGUUGUUCGUGAAGUCUGCCGCGGGCCCGAGCGACGGUAUGCACGAAGGUGACCGCGCGGCUGACAGUCGGCCUGCCGACCGACGGCCCCGCGCUGGCGGCGGGCCGCGGUCGGCUUCCCCGGCGGGCGGCGAGGUGCCCAUGGGCGCCGCUGCAGCGCAGAAUGAGACGGACAAGAAGAAUACGUUGAAAUGGGUGGAGACGGAGCCUCUCCACAAGUUGAUGGCGAUUCGGGUCACGAUGGAGCCGUGGAGAGAGUUGAUGGAGGCAUACUUGUUCAGCGCAGGGGAAGAUUGGGAACUCCGUCAGAGAUGUGCGGAAGCAGCUCACCAGCUGGACCCGCAGACGUCGGACAGAAGGCAGUUCCGUUUGUCGACGUACGCUGGGCUGGUGUACGAGAAGGAGUUCUUCGAGGAUUUGGACAAGGCGUGGGACUCCAGAAUGUGGGACUUCAUCCCAUUGCAGUCUCGUACGUUUGCAUUUCGGUCAGUGUGUUUCAGGAUGUUGUCAAGGUCUGGUUGCUUGGUGAACCAUUAUCUUGUGAAGCCUGCGGACGAGUUCCCCGUUGCCCUCUUCGCCUUGAUCCUGGGUGUGGACUGCGCCAAACAGCUGCAGGACCAACCGCGCUGCUUGCGGAAUGUCUUCUCGGAUCAUAUUUUGGAAUCGUAUCCAGGAGACGCGCUAGGCAACGAGGAGUGCAUCGCGAAGUUGAUCACUGUGGCCCAGAUAACGCACGUGGAGAACGUUAAAUGCGAGCACGACCACUCAUCUUUCAAGAGGCACGUGGAUGCGCAGAGCGUCAACACGAACCGUGCGAAUUUCGAUUAUGUGAACGCGCAGGUCAUGUGCCAGAAGUUCAGGCAGCUCAUGGCGUCCAAGAAUAAGAAGCUGGAUGCCUCGACAGACAUUCUCGACGCGUGGGACGCGCAGCACGGGGCGGAUCGGCUUCGGAACCUCAUCGAGUUGGGCCCUACGCUGGCACCUUGCCAGCCUGCCCUGCAGCCGCUCCCCUCGAGCGGCUUGGAGACUUAUGAGGUCAUGUUCGACUUGUCCAAGAAGGCGAGUGACAUCGCUUCGUUUGUAAUGGGGAACAGGCGAAGCUCCAACUUGGGAUGCAUCCUGAAGCGCGACUGGGCCAAGAAGAAUCGGCUGAUAAAGCACGACGACCAGCCUCAGUGGAAAGAGCCUGAACGGAGGAGCGAGUGUAACAAGAAGUGCAGAGGGUAUGGCUACUGCGUGUGCUCGGAGGAUGGGAAGCUCGUGGCCAGCCUGCGAAAUUCUGUAAUAUCUGCCCUGAAGAGGAUAUGUCCACGAAAAUCUGCGAACGUGCAGCUGCUGAAGGAUGCGUGCUUGGUGCUGAGGCUGCAGGGCGUCAAGCCGCCCCAAUCAGCAUGGCUCGACUCUGCGCUCGCGGACGACGAUGGCGGCCCCCCUGAGCCUGAGUUCCACGAGUUGCUGCAGGAACCCGUGGACGGCGAGACCCCGUACGUCUGGCUGCGGGCGCCACGCAGGUAUUUCUACGGGUGGGCUUUGUUCUCAAACUUGGAUCGUUUAUGUUCGUGGACUUGCAGCUUGUAUCGGCUGGUGGAUACGUGCGAGCACACGGGGCUCUUCGAUGUUACGUUGGUCCCAGUGGAGGCAUUGCCAUUGCCCGACGGCGAGGUCGACGUGUGGCCC